AUGUACAUCAGUCGCAGAGAAUCCAGCCCCCCCGUCACGGGUGCUACUGAGGUGGGAAAGGGGCUAGGAGAAUCGGAAGUAAAGAAAGAAACUAGGAUUAUACCGAUGGCAUACAAGGAAGCCACAGUUGAUACCGAGGUUGAACCAGUUGAAGACCUGGGCGUCGAAACUGAUGGCGAAGCAAAGGUCUCGGCUUAUACCCUAAGCGUUCAAAGUGAGGCAGAUUCGGACGAGAGCAGGGAAGGCUCUGCCCUAGAUGAAUUUGAUCUCAGGGUAACCAGGUCCCAAUCACGGGAAAGGUCCUCUAUAGACGCAGCUCAAACUACGACAUCUACAAAGCAGCCAGCGUUUAAAUACGAGAUGGUUCGAAGCUCCACGCCACCACUAGGCGACUCCAGUGAUGAAGCAGACGAUAUGGAGAGUCCAAUCCGUCCAGAACUCGCCCACCCACGAAGAAACUCCGUCAUUCUCCCGCACCUCGCGCAAUCUCCAAACAAGUCACUCUUACAACCUCCAGAACCCGCUACCGCAGCUUCCCCAGUCAAAAAAGAAAAGGCAGCCACCAAAUCCCCCUACUUCUCACCAGCAGUAUCACCAAAGAAACCACCCCGCUCCCCUGGCGGUGUAGUCUCGUGCAUCCCAUUUCCACCUCUCUCCUCGCCUUCAUUCGGCCUCCUCCAGGAAAAACUAUGCCAUGACCCGCUCCGUCUCCUCAUCGGCGUCACAUUCCUCAUCCGGACGUAUGGAAAAUCGUCGAUUCCCAUUUACUACAAGCUCAUGGAGCUAUUUCCUACCGCCACCGACCUCGCAAACGCAGACAAGGGCGUCAUCGUGGAGUUGACUCGUCAUCUGGGCUUGCAAUCCGUGCGAGCAGAUACAUAUAUCCGCUACGCUAAGACCUUCUUGGAUGAUCUGCCGGUGAAGGGGAAGAGAUACCGCGUUGAAAACUACCCUACAAAAAAUACCCACGCAACUAUCAAGAAAGGCGAAAUCCUCUCCGACGAGGACAUGCGCGAAGGCGCCUGGGAAAUCGGACACCUGACUAAAGGACCCUACGCGAUUGAUUCUUGGAGAAUCUUCUGCAGAGACAAACUCAGGGGGGUAGCGAAGGGUUGGAAUGGCGAAGAAGCGGAGGACGAGGGGUUCCAGCCUGAAUGGAUGCGUGUGCUGCCGAAAGACAAGGAGUUGAGGGCUUUUCUGAGGUGGUGCUGGUUGAGGGAGGGAUGGGUGUGGGAUGCGGAGAGUGGGGAGAGGGAGGUUGCUGGGAAGGAGCUGGUUGAUGCGGUUAAUGAUGGGCGGGUGGUAUGGGAGUGGAAGGGGAAGGAUGGGAAGGGGGAUUGGAGGAUUUUGGGGAAAUAUGAGAAUGAUGCGAAGGAGGAGGGGGUGGAUAUAAAGGGAGAGGAUGGAUAG